AUGAUGUUCAAGGGAUUUACAGAUGGGCCUGAUCUGAGGCCGUUUGCCUGCGAUUGGGAGUCCUGUAACAAGGACUUCAAACGCAGAUCGGACCUGACAAGGCACUACAAGAUUCACACGAAUGAGCGGCCACAUCCGUGUACAGCCCCUGGCUGCGAAAAGCGAUUCAUCCAACGCAGUGCUCUCGCUGUACACACUCGAACGCACACCGGCGAGAAGCCGCACAAGUGCAAAUACCCUGGUUGCAUAAAGAGGUUCUCAGAUUCGUCAAGCCUUGCUAGACACCGCCACGUACACACUGGGAGUCGUAGUCGCAGAUGCGCACACAUCGACUGCCCGAAGAGCUUUUGUCGUAAUAAGCUCGCUGUCAGGCAGAGGGAGCACUCUCAACAGCGUGAUUAUUUCGGACAAAUCGAUUGCAUCUCUGAUUCGGAGUCCAGCCGUUCGUCAUCUAUGCCAGCCCAGCCAUCCACUCCGCAGCCUCUUCAUGGCAUCACCGCCCACCACAUCUCAGCUUUACACGGAAACAUAUUCCAACCCACCCCGCCUGCUUCCGAUCUCGAUGGCCAGGUACACAUCUGUUGCAUCGAUGAGCCAUUUGACUCCCCUCACGCCGCUACAGACGAGCUGCAAGACAUCACUACACUGCACCGAUUCAGCAGCAUGCCUCUGUAUGGCAUUGGGCAAGGCAAUUCCCAUAUUGAGACGAUGAACUUGGACGACCAGUAUACUGGAUCGAUCGGGCAAUCCGCACUGGAUCUGUCGUACCCGUCCCUGGGUCUUAGUACCAAUUCACACAACAGUCCUACCAGCAUCCAGUCAACUUCCAGCCAUGGCGCCUUGUCACAAAAGAACUAUCACAAGUAUCUGGGACUGCAAAAUUCAACAUAUUCUCUAAAAAACGCAACUUCUCUGGGACAGUCUGCGCCAAUAAUGACUUACUCUCAACAGUUGGCUCAAGCACGGCAGCAAAUGCUUAUCCACCCGGGGCAAAUUCCAAGCCAUAUUGUGGGACGAUACGGUUCUCCUACAUCGGUGAAGUCUGAGCCAUGGUAUGGCUACGAGACGUAUGUAAAUCGGAAUGAUAUAAAUGAGGGUCAGGAACACUGGGAGUUUAUCACGGGCGGGCUUUUCUUCUUCUUCUUCUUCUGGGAGGCAUGGGGGAGCCGGCAUCAUGAGGCCAUCGAGAUAGAGGUUUUUGCACUCGGAAGUAUCCUCGCCCGCGAUCAACCAUCAUCCUUCUACUUGACGAUUGGCGGCGUCACUCGCGGCGAUGGCGUUCCACGGUGGCUUGCUGCCUCGGCCGCAGCGGACACCUUACCUUCCAUCACCAACACUCUCAUGAGGCCUUGGCGACCUUCCUCGGUGCCGCGCCAGCAAACCGAUGCUGCUAUUGAAGCCGAGACUGCGCGAACCAGUUCCGUGGCCGAAGCGACAGAAAAGUCGGCGCGAACCCUGCUACCCGAUUUUCUUCAGCAAGCACCACUGCACGUACCAAAGGCCAUUACGUCUAGCGCGAUGAUACCGACCAACGUCCGCACUUCAGUCUCUGGACUGGGCCGGGUUGGGUUGCUCGCAGCGAACCCUAUCCUCCGAAGGCCUUACUUUCAACCUGUUAAUACCGUCUCGUCUCCCCUUGUCAGCCUGUUUAUGCGACCAACUCCCGCCGUCUCGACCCCGCUACGCGCAAUGUCCACGACCCGGAUUCUCUCCGGAACACUCGGUACACAGCACAGAGGCUUUGGGACGUCCAAUGGAAUUUCUCGCAGUCAAUUAGCUUCCGUCGAAGAAUCGGCAAACAGGAACCCCGGAAACGCAAACCUUCAAAAUGCCUUUUACCAGCUUCUUUUGAGAGCAAACAUGCCUGGCAUCCUGGUGGAAAGAUAUCAAACUGGCCGUUUCGCAACAAACGCAGGCACCGAGGACGCUUACAAGCGGGCUCUGGCCGCUCUUAAUAGUGGUACGAGCACCAUCGCGACAGCCACAGCCACACCUGGAUUUGCACGAGGACAAUGGGCAGGAAACGAACAGGCCAUUGCGAACGCAGCCCUUAGCGGAUCGAUGGGCGUCAAGGGAGAACCAAUCCACGUUGUCGUGCAAGAGUCAACCCGGUCGCUUGUUUUUCGUUGGGUCAAGUUUUUUGCUACCUUCAUUGUCUUCACCUACCUCUGCUUCGCAGCCGUGACAAUCCUGAUUGAGACGCUGAGCACCUUCAGGCGUGGACCGGGAGCCAAGACCGACUCUGAGGUCAAAGCCGAGAAACAGACGACCCGAUUUGACGACGUUCACGGAUGCGACGAGGCCAAGGAAGAGCUUCAGGAGGUGGUCGAAUUCCUUCGCAACCCCGAUAGCUUCUCUGAUUUGGGCGCCAAGCUGCCCAAAGGCGUUCUCCUCGUUGGACCCCCUGGUACUGGAAAGACGCUGCUCGCUCGAGCUGUUGCUGGAGAGGCCGGUGUUCCAUUCUUCUACAUGUCUGGCAGCGAAUUCGAUGAAAUCUUUGUUGGUGUCGGAGCCAAGCGUGUUCGAGAACUAUUUGCGGCGGCCAAAGCCAAGUCCCCUGCCAUCAUCUUCAUCGACGAGCUCGACGCUAUCGGUGGAAAACGUAACCCAAGGGACCAAGCUCACUCCAAGCAGACUCUUAACCAAUUGCUCACGGAACUUGACGGAUUCGAUACGGAUACAAAAAUUAUCAUCAUGGCGGCUACCAACUUGCCCAAGUUGCUGGACAAGGCUCUUACCAGACCUGGGCGAUUCGAUCGACACAUCAACGUGGACCUGCCGGAUGUUCGUGGGCGUAUCGCCAUCCUCAAGCAUCAUGCCAAGAAGAUCAGGCUGUCACCGGACGUGGAUCUUGAUGCUAUUGCCGCACGCUCGCCUGGACAAUCUGGUGCUGACCUCGAGAACAUGCUGAAUGUCGCAGCCCUACGCGCUAGCAGAGCAAAGGCCCGCGAGAUCUCCAAGCAAGAUAUUGACUGGGCAUUUGACAGAAUCACCAUGGGCGCCGAGAGAAAGUCGAUGGUGGUGACGGAAAAGGAAAAGGAAAUGACGGCAUACCACGAGGCUGGCCACGCUCUUGUCCAAUUGUUCGAAAAGGAAAGCUCCAACCGACUCUACAAGGUCACAAUCCUCCCCAAAGGCCCUUCCCUGGGCCACACCGCUCAUGUCCCUGCUAUGGAUAAAUACUCGUACACCGCGGCCGAAUACAUGUCCAACAUCCGCGUGCUUCUUGGAGGCAAGAUGGCAGAGGAGAUGCGAUACGGUGACGAUAAAGUGACGUCUGGUGUUUCUAAUGAUCUGGAGAGAGCUACUGACCUGAGCUUUAUGAUGGUCACUCACUUUGGCAUGUCCAACGCUUUGGGACCUGUUGAAUACGGCAGAAGAUAUGAGAACCUCAGUUCUGAGACCAAGGCUUUGAUUGAGGGUGAAGUCCAGAAAACGCUAAGAAAGUCCUACGAAGAUGUGAGAAAGGUUCUGACGGAGAAGCGCAAAGAACUCGACUUGCUGGCUCAGGCAUUGGUACAAUAUGAGACUCUGGAUAAAGAGGAGGUUGAGAAGGUCAUCCGUGGAGAAAAGCUGCCUGGCCGUACAAUCGUGCCCAAAGGACCGCUAACACUACCCAUCCCGGAUGAGAUUCCUCGACCUCCGGGACUGGGAGUGCCCCAGCCGCAUCCUCCUGAAACACCAGCUCCCCCGGCUUCUGCUAGGUCAUCUGCCACAUGA